CUCAAUCAAUCAUCUAUCAUCUAUCUUAGUACAUUGUUUCUUUCGUUUCUAAUUUUUAAUGUCUUCGAUUCUGCUUUCGCUUCAGGUUGUGGACAUUAACAUCAUAUAUGGUUUAAUUUGUACCUUUAGACGUCAAUGUCAACUCUAAGCACAGAAAGCGGAGGAUCGAGGAAACGAAUGAAACUGGAGGUGGAAGAAAAGGUGGGAGAUGAAGUGGAAUCAAAGACCGUAGAAGAAGAAGAAUUUGAGGCGAACAUUGUUGGGUCCGAAGAAAUGGAACUCAAUAUCUCUCUUAUUCUUGAGAAGAUUGAGAAUUAUACUCAAAGGGUAUCUGAGCUCCUAGAAUCAGGGAAAACAAUGCUAAGGGCGCUAACCGAUGAAUUUGAAGAGAAAAUUGUUAUGAUACACAAGCAUCAAGUCGAAAAAUGGCAGGAAGAAAUCAGAGAAUUGCGUGCACUUGAUGCUUCAAAUGAGGAAGCCAAUGCUCUUCUGCAUAAUGCUCGAUAUCUUCUUCAGCCCAUUCGUGAUAAUUAGUUUUCAUAGGUUUGCGGAUUGAGGGAAAAUUCAUGAGAUCUAUAAUGUCUUACCAUUUACCUGGAUCCCAUUUGUCCAUUGAUGGAUGUUGUCUCUAUAUGGAUAUACAUAGAAAAUGUAUAGAUGGUUAAAUAAAAAGGGAAAAAAACUCAACAUUACCAAUUUAGUGUUGCUUUGCUUGGCAGCAAGUGAAGGAUAAAACUGUAAAGUUUAUAGAUAUAGUACACUGUGCAGGAAGUUAACUUUUGUAGCUUGAUUUGUAUUCUGCUAUAUACUUAUUGGCUAACAAUAGGUUGAGAUUAGCGUACAAAUAUAUGAACAUUGCAUUGAAGAGAACAAUUAGCCAUCAGUGGGAAUAAUGAUAGAAUAUGCAUGUUAUUUCAA